GACACCGAAAUCAGUAAAAUGGAAGACUGGCAGUUGGGGAAAAACAUAGUGAGCAGUUUGGAGUAUGCCCUGGAUAACAAUCAUUUGUCUGACGUCGAGUUUCAUUUUGUGGAAGAAGACCCUGUUGUGUCCCUAAUGGCUCAUAAGCUUAUACUGUCGCUGAGGAGUCCAGUUUUCCAGGCAAUGUUUUUUGGUCCUGUGGCUGGGGAAUGUGGUAAAAUAGAGAUACAUGACAUCGAAUCAUCCGCCUUUGCUGAGUUACUGAGAUACAUAUACACGGACGAGGUUGUCCUAUGUCAAGAGGAUGUGUUGGAUGUGCUAAGUGCUUCUCACAAGUACUUCAUCACGGGUUUGGUACAGAAGUGUUCAAAGUUUCUCAUCAGGACCAUCAGCAUGACUAACGUCUGUGAACUUCUGGAGAAAGCCACGCUUUUCGGGGUAAAGGACCUUCAACAUCACUGUUUAGUUUUUAUUGACUUACACACGAAGGAGGUGUUGAAAACGGACGGUUUUCUCUCGCUGUCUCGCUCUACUGUGGAACGAAUUCUUGCCGCCAAUACCCUCCAUGCUGACGAAUUUAUCAUUUACCAAGCCAUACAGGCAUGGGUUGUGGCAGAGUGCAAUCGACAUUCGCUCGACUGCACCGUUUUCGAAAACAGGCGAGUCCUGGCGGAACCUCUUGUUAAUUUAAUACGGUUUCCAUUGAUUUCCCCCCAAAAGUUUUCCGAGGAGAUUGUUGGCAGUUCUUUAAACUUGUUAACACCCCAGGAAACAAUCAAUCUAUUCCAGAUAUUUACUAGGAAGUUGUCCAAUCCACACGACAUCUUUUGUCAGCCACGCAAAGAGGAGAUGACCCUGACCAUUUCUAGGUUUGAAGAAGACGGGCGGUGUCGAUUUUGGUGCCAGGGAAUAGAAGAUAAAUUCCAGUUCACCACUAACACCGAACUUGUGCUGUCAGGUAUUACAGUUAAGGGCAGCAUUCAGCGUUGUGGGUGUUUUGGUUUUAUGAAAGGUUCAGUCCAAAUUCUGGAAUAUAACAAGGAUGAGUCAGUCAUUCUGGGCCUAAAACAUCUCGAUCACAAGCAAAAUCCUUUAAUACGCUCUCACCAGCAAAGUUCUGCAAAGGAAAUCUUAUAUGAUAUUUUCAUUGAUUUCAGAGAGUUUUCAAUUUUUAUCACACCUGGGAAGAAUUACGGCGUCCAUUUAACAAUUGAAAGAAAAUUGGAGGAAUGUGAUUGCAAUGAGAUAUGCGAUUGUUACGACUUCGUUUCUAACAGGUACCCUAAAGAGGAAGUUCACGCAGGUGAAGUGACCACAACUUUUCAAAACAGCGGCGAAGCCGUAGUGAAAAAACUUCUGUUUAAUUAUUGGCGAUAAAUAUAAUGACGAAAGUGUGGAAUUGCGAAUCUUUCAGUGUUUAUGGUUAUGAGGAAUGAUUCAUUGAUGAUUUCAAGUGGAUUCCGAAAAUGACACACCGGAAGUAUCCGCUAUCCACACAAUUUUAAUUUUUACUGUAGGUGCUAGUGAAUUUGGGCCUAGGGACAUUUCUGGCUUUUUCAUGCGUCCUUCCUUAGAACAAGCUUUUUGAAUAACCCCUUGAAUGCUUUUUGAUUGUAAAUCUAUGUUAUAUUUUCACAGAAUAUAAAUGGUUAAUUUAAAAUAUCGUUCCGAAAUCCAAAUUGGGUCAUUGUUGGACGCCAACCUGCGAAACAGAUAUAUUACAGAAUGUGUGUAUUCAGUAUGCCAGUAAUACAACAAGAGGGUUGGAAACACACCAAAUGGGUCACAUCCAUUUUGUUCAUUCUUCUGAUAAACUUUUAAUCUGCAAAUCUUACGAGGCCUUGGGAUAUACGCAAGUAGUGUUAGAUGAACCGGAAACACGAUGUGGCGUCACUCGUACCUCAAACUCAUAGGCCUAAAAGACAAAAAGAUCUUCGCAAGAAAGGAAUGAAAGGAGUGUUAUCGGGUUGUAGAAAUAACUCGCGUUUGAUUAGUUGAACUGGAUGACAUGCCGACUCUUCGAUUUUCUCACUGAAGUUGCUUAUUGCUAAUUGUGUGGCAGUAUAUUGGUUAUGCAACAU